AUGCCGCUCGACUAUCAAUCAGAAGAUGCGACGACCUCAUCGCGGAACGGAAUUCCCAAUGGAGCACUUACGGUACUAAUAAUUGCGGCAAUUGCCAUCGUAUCAGUUGUUAUCACCCUCUUCUGCAUGUUGUUCAACAAUCGGCGGGCGGCACGAAUGAGACAGAGAACACAGCAACGGCAAGCCCAAACAGUGCUCCGUCUCUCCCCAACGUCCGCUCUCUCCUCUCCAACCGACAACACAGUUCGACCGGCAGGAUUCCCACCACUAUAUAUCGUUCCACCGUCCUAUGACCCGAAAUUCGAUGCGCCUCCUUCAUACGAGGACGCAGUCAGGGUUAUGGUAGCCGAGAAUCAGAAUCAGCAGAGGACAGUCAACUUGAAUCAGACUGUUAUUACGAUCCCCGAACCAUCUACCUCCGGAUCCACGUCAUCUUCCUCUCUGGAUUCCGAUGGCGCCGCCCAAAUCGACGUUGAAAUGACUCAUCACCACGUUCCGACGACAUCGACAUCUGGAGUCACCGUCUAA